AUGGCAAAUACCAACGCACCCACCCGUAAUAGCAACACGAACUGGCGAGACCUCGUUGCGCAGAAGCAGCGCGAAUGCCGCGAGAAGAUCCCAAGCGAAUGGAUUCUCGAUGAGAAACUCCUAGCGCAGGCUCCGCGCCGGCUACUGGAGUAUAACCUCCCACGCCACAGCGGGAUUCUAUCUGAGGCCGAGUUGGAUUUGACGGAGAAGUAUACCGCCAGCCAGCUGCUCCCGAAAUUGGCCUCUGGGCAAGUUAGUUCGCUGGCUGUCACGACGGCGUUUUGUAAGCGGGCUGCGAUUGCACAGCAGGUGACAUCCUGCUUGACGGAGACCUUCUUCCCACAGGCACUAGAACGAGCUCAAUUCUUGGAUGAAUAUCUGCACAGAGAGGGAAAGCCCUUUGGCCCUCUUCAUGGCCUGCCCAUCAGUCUGAAAGACAGUUUCUGUGUACAGGGCACGCAAGCCACGGUGGGAUACGUGUCGUUCUUGAAGCACGCACUUGCAACGUCCGACUCGGCGCUCGUCAGCAUGCUGCUCAAGCUGGGAGCCGUCUUGUACGUCAAGACUAAUAUCCCGCAGACCAUGAUGGUAUACUCAGAUAACAACAUCUUCGGCCGUACCUUAAACCCGCACAACACCUCCCUCACAGCCGGAGGUUCCAGCGGCGGCGAGGGCGCACUGGUUGCAUUUCGCGGAUCAAUCCUAGGCGUGGGCACUGACAUCGCGGGCUCAAUCCGUAUCCCUUCUCUAUGCUGCGGCGUGUACGGGUUCAAGCCAACUGUAGAUCGCAUUCCCUUUGGAGGACAGGUAUCUGGUGCAAUGGAGGGAAUGCCUGGACUCAAGCCUUCCGCGGGUCCAUUGGCACAUAGCAUUGCAGAUCUGCAACUGCUGAUGCAAAACGUGAUAGGAGACGGAAGUGCGUGGGAGUUGGAUUGUACAGCUGUCGGGGCGCCGUGGAAGCAGUAUUUGCACCAGAAUGAUCGAAAUGGGAGCCUGAAUAUCGGAGUAAUGGCUGAGGAUAAACAUUUCCCGCUCCAUCCCCCCAUCAAACGAGCUCUCAAUCUUGCAAUCGAGCGUCUAGCGCGCGCAGGCCACCGCAUCAUCCGCCUCGAAAACCCCGGCAACGAAUGCCUGUCCGUGGCAUAUGCAUCCCGUCUGGCAUUUCAAUACUUCACCUACGGUCCGCACGAAGACAACAUCGGGGCCAGCGGCGAGCCCCUCGUGAACUCGGUAGCCAAGUUUGCGGCGCCGAUGUUCUCAGGCCCUUGGCCCGUUGAGCAAGGCCUGGAGCCAUUCCAGACAAUUCAGGCACUGCACGUGGCUAGACAGCGAGUGAGCGACGAAUGGCGCCGAGUAUGGGUUGAUCAGAAGCUGGAUGUGAUUUUGGCGCCCGGGGCGCAGAACACGGCUGUUGCGUAUGAUACCUUUGGGUGGCCGCCGUAUACGGUUAUGUGGAACCUGCUUGAUGUAAGUUGUCAUCUGUGA